UCCGCUCUCUGGCUGCGCGGCUCCUCAUUCACUAGAAGAUGGCGGACUGCGCUCCACUAUUAGAUGAGGAACUCUCGUCCUUUGUCUUCAAUUACCUGACAGAAAACUCCGGCAGCCAGUAUGGGGAGGAGGAGGUGUGUUCGGACCGCUUGGACACUGACUUCCCGGACAUCGACCUCUCCCAGCUGGACGGCAGCGACUUCGACAGCGUCAACUGCCUCAGCGAGCUGCAGUGGUGCAACGAUCAUCCGGCGGAUGUGUCGCCGGCCUCCAUCCACUAUAGCACAGCAGAUGAGCUCUUCGAGAUAGAAGAGGAGAACGCGGCUCUGCUCGCCGCUCUGACCGACAGCCUCGAUGGCAUGGUGGACUCCGAGGUGGGCGGGCUCUCCGUUUUCCCCGCCCUGGGGGAGGAGGAGCCCAGCCAAGAAGAGGAAGAGGAGGACGGCCUCCCCAUCAGCGCUGAAGACUUCAGCCAGUCGCUGGGGGCCGAGACAGAGGACCCAUCUCUACUGAAGAAGUUGCUGCUGACUCCCCCCAACGUGCCCACGGGCAUCGACAUGCACAAGGACGGCCAUCGCUACAGCAGCAGAAGUCUGAACCUACGGCCAGUCAGACCUCUCGCCAAGAGUGACCUCCCUCAGGAGCGGAAGCCCCGAGCGGUGCGUCCGGCGGGCCGUUUGUGCACCGAGCUGCAUCGCCACCUCACCACCGCCCAGGACGUGGAGGAGACCCCGGCUCCCGACACGGAGGAGGACGAAGAGGAGGAAGAGGACGAGGACAGCGAGUCGGAGGAGGACGAAGAGGAUGACGGCGAGGAGGAGGAGGAGGAGGAGGAGGAGUCUUCCAGCAGCAGCGAGGUGGAGGGUGCAGCAGCUGUGUCUGUUGUGCCCGUCGAGCCGCCCAAACCUCAGUUCAGCUCGGAGAAGGAACUGCACUCGGUGGUGGAGCUGAUCACGUACAUGCACACCUACUGCCUGCCCACGCGCAAGCAGCAGGGCUGGGAGCGCAAGGACCGCGACUUCCAGAGGCCCCGGGUCAGACCCGAGGCCUCCCGGCCUGCCACCACAAACUCUCACAGCAGAGUUGUCCUGGUGACCACUCCUGGGACUAGUGGGGGCUUGACUGGACCAGGCAGCAGCGCCCCUAAGAGGCUCCCCUUUGCAAGGCGGAGGGAGAUGAAGGCCAACUCCCUCCUCCGCGAGCUCCUGCAGCAGAGCAGCUCCUUCGAUGUGAGCAAGCCUUACAGACUGCACAGCCCACCCUACUCCCACUGUCAAAGCCCCAGCAGAGGAGGAGGAGUUCACGCUCCUUCUGCUCCCGCUAAAUCAUCCCCGGUCCAAUCCCCCAGCACUACCAACGCUAAACCAGAGCUUCGUAAAGACUCCCCUGAGAGGAGAAGUGACUCCUCCGAGCCACCUCAGAGCCUGGAGGAGACCACGGAGAACGGCGGCUCUUUUUCAGUCCGGCGCUCAAGGCGACUGGCCUCCUUCCCCAGCCGCUUCGCCAAGAGGCUGCGGCCUACGCGGCCGAGGGAAGGCGAGGGCAGGGACAAGGAGGAGAAGGAGGAGGGACGGGCAGCGGUCAAACUCCUGCCCACCCAGGCAGGAGCAGGAACCACGACCGAGAUGCAGCCGGAACAACUAACAUCUAGCAACGGCAGCUCCGCUUCAACUGAGCCGACCAAACCCUGCUGCCACGAGAAGCGAGCCUGCCUCUGUCUGCCUCUCAACCCAAAGUCCACAGGAGAGUCCCAGUACAGCACCAAGCCUUUUGAGCAGACGCUCAGCGUGGACCUGUGUGGAACGGCAGGUCUCACUCCUCCCACUACCCCACCUCACAAAUCUGUGGAGGAUGAGCUCUUCAAGCCGACGGAGGGAGGAAAAGGUGGCGGGGGAGUCGGUGUCGGUGGCGGCAGCAGCAGCAGCGGCGACGGUGGAGGAGGAGGAGGAGGCGGCGGCGAGUCCGUCCACCCGGCUUCAAACGCCACCGGCGCCACAAAGGGCUCGUCCUGGCUGAGCCGCGCCCACCACCAGCGGAAGCUGCCCGAGCAGACGGAGCUGUACGCCCAGCUGCGCCGCAUGGGCCAGGCGGGCGACAGCGACACCCACCGCAGCUUCGGCGACCACGACUACUGCGCGCUGAGCCUCGGCGAGAGCCGCAAGCGCAGCGCCGCCAUCCUCGGCGCCAUGCUGCAGGCGCAGGGGGGGAGCGAUUCGGUCGGCGCCCAAGCGGCCAAAGCGGCGGCUGACGAUCAGGGGUUGGACGAAAAGGGCGAGGACGGCGAGGAGAGGCUGGUGGUGUCGGAAGUGGAAGACCAGGAUCAUCAGCAGCAGACGACCGUGGUGAUGAUGUCGUCGUCGCCUCCAUCAGACUGCCAGUCGGCAGCUGCCACGCCGCCGACCUCCGAGGAGGAGGCGGAGCGCUCGGCGGCGUCUCGCUCACCCUCACCCGUCCUCCACCUGUGUCCCGACUCCCCCUCCAGCAAGACGGACUCCAGUGAGAACUCGGAGAUCUGUCCUGACGACAUGCAGAGGAACAAAGCCAAGUCUGACGAGGACAACUGCCAGGUGUUUUACAUCCACAACCUGCCGAGCAGCGUGACCCAGAACAUGCUGCGGAAACGCUUCCAGGUUUUCGGCAAAGCGGAGGACUGCAAAGUCAUCAUCUGCAACGAGGAGCGCUGUGGUGUGAUAAAGAUCCGUCAGGCGGGGGUUCAAAGACACUGGAGAGAACGGGAGACUGUUUUCCAGAACGGACCUGCAGGCCUGAGGAGGCUGUCAAGGAAACGCUACAUAGACCUUGAUGAGGCCGGUCCGGGACCCGUCAAGAGCAAGUACGAUGCACUGGACUUUGACACUCUGCUGAAGGAGGCCCAGAAGUCCCUGCACCGCUGACAGUACGGCGCUACUGCCUUAGUAACCUGCAGCAACAUCCCUCCGACAACACGGCUCUGCCCUGAGACGGGCCUCUCAGUACCUCCAUGCAAGGCAACCUCGAAAAAUGUUUACAUUUUUACCAUUGGAAUAAAGUAACAAUAAGGACCUUGGGUUUUUUUUUUUUUUUUUGUUUUUGUUUUGUUUUUGUUUUGUUUUAUUUUUUUAAGUUUCUUUCACCGGAGGAUACUGCUUAAAAAACGAGGAAGCCAUUGGGAGUCCGGAGGGGUUCAAGAGACAAUGGAGGAAAACAGGACUUUAAACAGCAAUGGUACAACAACUACAAACGAUAAUGAUAGAGUUCUCCACUGAACAACAGUAACAACAACGCUGCUUCCUGUCUGUGUCGGUGACGUCAUCGCCCUGCCUUGGAAGAGCGGGCGUGAGAGACCUGUAGCAAAAUCCUUGCUAACCCUUGCGUUGCGUUGGUCGUCGUGGUGUGUGUUCCUGCGUGUGCGUGUUCUUUGUUCCGUUUGUUUUGUAAAAAAGAAAGGAGGAAAAAAAAAAAACAGACUCAAGUCUUUUUCCGGUCACGAUUGGUGAACCUGCAAGCUGUUGUUCACUGUUGCGGUCGUAUAACCAGGAAAUAAAACAACAAAAAAAAAGCAAAAAAAAACAAACAAACAUAAAAAAACUGAAUCUUGCUUUGUUUUAGCGAAAAUUGUGGGUGUUAAAAAUUUUAAAAAUCUAUUGUGUGUGUGUAAUGGACAAAGAAUAUAACAACAACAAAUGAAAAAAAAAACACAAUUAACGUAAUCAUUUGAUGACUGAUAAAGUUUACAAAGCUAAAAUGAAGAAAAAACUUUUUUCUUUUUCUUUUUUGUAAUUGUAGUGCUUCCUUGAUUUGAUCUAUGCACUGUAAGGAGGUAAAAUGUCUUUGCUGCCCUCCACUUUUUCCCUCUUAACUCUUUAUCUCUGCCAUGCUGACUAUUUUUGGCUUUUCGGCUACUGGCUGCUGCAGGCUGCGUUUGAUAGGUGCGUCAUACGUCAAGACCCCGUACAAGAUUUGGGAAAAAAAAUAAUGAGAUCGACAUUGUUUACAAACAUUAUGAGCUAAGACAAGAAAAGGGUUAAUGGAGAAGCACUUAAUUUGAAUGUUGCAUGUAUGAAUUUGCUUGGAAACAAGCUGCAGCCAACAUCCCCUACAAAAGAAAGUAGCUAAAAUUCCUUUGGUGCCAGGGAUAGUAGCUACUCGAGAGUUAAACGGGAGUCAGGGUAAAAAUUAAAUUGGAUUAAAAUCAGGGCUGAAUUAUCACUGGUACCAAAACUACUGGUUAACCACCAGUGCUGGACUAUCCAAUAAAGCAUUUGUGCACAGUUGCCCAAUGCUUUUCCAUCACUUUCUUUCUUGGUUAAGUAACAUCGAUGCCAGGAGUUCUUGUGGUGGCAAAUUCCUUCCCAGAUAAAUCCACAAUUAGAGCUGUUGACAAAUGUUAAGAGGAUUUUUUUUUCCCACAUCUAAAGAGUCUUCACGUAUCUUUCGAAUGACAAUGAUGGUGACAAUGACCUAAUGCCUCGUCCGCCCCUUCCCCUCAACCCUUCUUCUUCCCGAAUGCCACAGCCAAUGCAACAGUUACUGUUUACAUUCGGACUGCAGCAAGCAGGGCUAAAAAUGGGGAAAUAAAGAUGGUAGCCACUGGCGUAUAUUAACAUCAUACUGGGUAUGAUAUUCGCACUUUGUCCAAACCAUUCCAGUUCAGUCUUCUUUCACUAUUGAGUUCAGUCGUUACAAAGAACUUAAAAAUCUAUUUGGAUUGUCUACAAAUCUAUUUUGUUUUUUUCCUGAUGUAGGGUUAUAGCCUCACGUUAGGUUUUUUUUAGUAAAGUAAAGACGACAAUUAUUUUCUCCCCAUAAUCCACCCAUGAAAACACGGCCACAGCUAGAAGUAGAAGAGUCUGUUGGUUUGAAACGGAAUGUAUUUAAGAAUCUGAAUGUAAUCAUCGGGUUUUCCCCAUUUCUGCUUGCCCAAAGAUUGUGGAGCUUUUCUGGUGCUUUAAAAAAGUAGACUCGCUUAGUCGUCCCGUUGACUUCAAUGAGAUCGGUCCUGGGUAGCGCCCCCUCCAUGACAUUCCUGAGGCAGCCAGUAGCACGACGCCGCGAUAAUAACAAAAAAAAAAAAAAAAAAAAGGGAGAGAGCCUCCAAGCCUGCCAAUCUGGUUGGCGCCAAAGCGCCGCCGGUAACACAGCCAGGGAACAAGCAAGGGAUCGGCAAAAAGUCACUGAAAGAGCAAUCGAGAACCUGACUUCUCGUCUGGGGAGGUACUGUAUCAGAAAAGCAUCUCUACCUCACAUCUAUCCAUCCCUGCUCCCUCCUGUCUUUGUAUUUCCUUGUUCUACUGGAUGCUCUCCCCCUGGUCUUUUAUAAAAGUCUUUUGUUGUUAGCUGACGGGCAGUUUUUGGGUGAAAUGCGUUUGGUUUUAUUUUCUACUAAAAGACUCCCUCUAUCGCUAAAGCCCCUUGUGGCAGGAAUAAUCUCUCUAACUCUUUUCCUUCGCUUGCCUCAUUAACGGUUUUUAGCGUGUCCGUUUCUUGGAGUCUCGACCGUGUGUCCUCGUGUAACUGAAUGUCUCGUCUUUGUCUCGUGUUCCAGUUGGACACUGCUGACGCUUGCGGGUCGGCGAGGGUAGAGGUUGAGUAGAGGUUUGGUUGGUCGGGCGGUCGGUCCUUGGGGGUGACCUCGGCCACCGGGUGAUCUAGUCAUGAUGAUGGCGCUCAUGAUUUAGUCAAGGGCACAGCCAUUCCUCACAGUUCCUCCCAGUCUCCUCGCCUACGAAUCUCAUAAAAAACGCAACCGGACUUUUUUUUUUUUUCUCCUCUAUCUCCAACUUUCGAACUCUCUGUGGGGCCUCGUUUACAGGUUUAACCCCUGAAACCCUAACGAAUCCCUCCCUCCUGCUUUUUAACGGAUAACCCCUCCUCUAUCCUCCUCCUCCUCCUCCUUUAUCUAAUCAGCUCCUUGGUAACACACACACACACAAAAAAUUGAAUGUUUACAUCACUUGAUUCUACUUUAUUAGGAACGCACACUAAGUACAAAGGCGCCUUAUUCAGUGUUUUAAAAUAACAGCGAGCUAAGUGGGCCUGGCUCACUGAUGUCCAAAACUAACAGAAAUCUAUUUAGUGCUAUACAUACUGAUUGAGAAACAAUGUGUCGUAUUUAAAUUAUAAAAAAAUAAUAAUGAUAAUAACUUGAUGAAAAUGACUUAAAAGUGUAAAAAAAUUGAAAACUAAUUGCAAACAACUGAAUGAGUAUUUGUGCUUAGUAUGUAUACUACUAAAAAGUGAGAGAAUGUGCUGGUUUACAUAUUGAAAAAGAAAAUAUAAUAUAUGAGUAUAUAAUGUGUAUAUAGCACUAUGCCUCAUUGUAAACAUAAAAUGUAUUGUGUGUUGUUUUUUUGUUUUUUUUGUUUUUUUUUGUUUUUUAAAGGUGGCGGGUCACAUUUGAUUGCUAAUCAGACAGGAGACGUUUCAGUUUUAUUCUCAUGAGUUAAUGUUUGUUCGGUGCAGGGAGGAAAUGAAGGGAAAGAAUAAAAAAAAUGACUUCACACAAAGUCCAACACUGUAGAAAAGACAAAAAAAAAAAAAAAAAAUCCAAGUAUCCCUUUAGACUAUCAACACUAGACCGUUUGGUUCCUUUGCUGUUUAUAAAAUGACAACUAUUGAUUUUUUUAUUUUAAAUUUCUUUGUUGUUUUCCUUUUUUUCUUAAGAAGCAAUUUGAGAUGCAAUACAUAAUAAUCUUAUCAUUAAGACAGCCUUUCUGAAAAACUGAGGUAAUAAUGUACAGUGAAUUGUUGGUUUGGGUGUUGAACUAUAACGUGGGCAAUCUUUGAGCUGCAGAUUCAAUAGCUACUGCUCCUGUGCGUAGACUGCCGUUAAAGACAAAAAAAAACCUCCUAAAAAACAAACAAACAGGAAGAAUGUGGUCAGUUGCGUCGUGAACACGUAUACAAAACAAGUCGUACUAAUAUAAUACUCUUGCACAACAUCCCAAGUAGUGAAAUACCUUCACCAGAUUUUAGUUUUUCCUUCUCUUUGAAAGCUGUUGUAACUUUUUUUUUUCUUAUUGCCACAUUUUGAUGGUGCACAGGUUUUUUUUUUGGGGUUUUUUUAUUUUCAGAUCGUUCCACGCCUGCGAUGCGGCAACAGCCAAUAACCUAAUAAUACACGUGUGACAGGUAGAGGAAUGUGGGAGGAAGGAAAAAAGAAAGAGGACAAAAAGAAAGUCGUCGCUGGUUUGACCCCGUUUUUCAAUGUCAGUUCAGACGAGCUGAGGCCAUCGCUGCAGAAAUCCCAGUUCCGGUGGCGAGUCUAGUUUUAAAAAUGUAUUUUUUUCUUGCCAACGACCAAAAACAACGCUUCUAAACAAGCGUUUCAAGAGAAGCAUACGCGGUUUCUGCAAAGCUCAUUCUGGAGGAAACCUUUAAACCUGCAGCUAGGAUUUCUACGGCGGCGGCCGCUGUGCCCGUCUGGGCGCCUCCACGAUUCAAGAGGCGAAACGACAUCGAAGACCCCAUUUAUUCAACAUGGCAAGCCUUAAAAAUCAGUUGUGGGGGAGGGGGGGAAACGAAGCAACCACUAGCUUUUAUUAUUACCGUUUCAACUCCUCUCCUUUCCAAUUCAAUGUGGUUUAUUAUUAAAUAAUUACUGACGUAAUUAAAACUUUUUUCAAUAGCCAUAUUAUAAAAAAAGUAUAUACAUAUAUAUAUGAAUAUAUAUUUGUGUGUUUGUGUAGAUAUCUAGAUGAUUAUAUACUUUCUUAUAGAAAACUUUGAUGUUGAUCAUUCUCCUUAGUGUUUUGAGAACACGUUGACACAUUUCAGCAUAAAUGACGUUGUCCAGUUGGUCUAGGUCCUAGGUCAGUGGACAAUGAAUCCAAAUAAUAUUAAAAAAAAAUAAAAAAAAAGUUUAAAAAAAAAAUAAAACUUCCAAAGGGAAUUACCCUCGUCAGAAUGCAAUACGUUUCUUUCCACUCUUCAUUUCAGAAAAAUGGAAAAUGGCAAGAAAACCAUUAAACUUGAUAGGCAAGUUGACCAAAAAAAAAAAAAAACAACAAAAAACAAAAGAAAGAUGCUUCUUCAACAGAGCGCGGCUCGCGACGACUCCUCGUUUGAUUCAGUUUUUAUAGAUUUCAUGUUUCCGACGCCAUGGCCCGCUUUAAAAACAAAAAAAAACAACUACGACUCUUAUUUGUUUUUAUGUCAUUUACUUGUUCCUUUAAGAACAACAAAAAAACAAAACAAAACAAAAAAAUAAAAACAAGCAAUGUAUCUGUCAGCUAGCUACGCCAUCAGAAUUAGCCCCUAGGAGUGCUUGCAAUACCUGCCCGGCUCCGGCCUCAGAUUCCACUUCCGUGUUUGACCCGUGUCACGAUUCAACAUAAACAGUUUGUACAAUGCACAGAAAACUAAUGGGUAAUCUGUUAAACUUGAUGGCAACAGUGAUGUCAAAUAGGCACUUAAGUAGGGACUGUAAACUGUCGAAAUCUGCUAAAUGUGAGUGGGUGAAAAUAUUUUGACAUAAAAGGGCAUAUACAUUGUUUUUGUCGUUUCUCAUUUACCAUCGAUUUUGUCUAUUUACAUCUAAUGACUAUCAAAUUCACAUAAAAUGACGUAAACGAUUUUCUUCUUUUUUUAACUUUAGUUUUUGGUAAAACAAACAAAAAAAAAGGUAAAUAAUGCUAGCGAGAUUUUAUAUUUUUACAUAUGUUGGUUUUAUUUUGCGUUUCUUCUUUUUUUAUUUAUACGCCACUUAGUUUGGAUGUCUUUAAAUGGUGUUUUUUUUUUCUUUCUCUCUUUUGUGUGAUUUCAUAUGUCUUGAGAAUGUGGAGACAAAAGGCAUUUCAGUAUUUUUGAAUUGUUAAAAUCUAGUUUCAUAGAAGCGGAAGUAUCUGAUGUUAUAAAUUAUAUUUUAAUUCAUGUAAAUAGUUUAAAACAGAAGACUAUGGCUUCCUUUUAAACUGAAUACAUUUCUCUUCAGAGAUUGUUUACAUUAUGAAACUGUAGAGAUGUUCUCCUCAUAUACUGUAUAAAGUACAUAUAUUCAUUGAUUUGCCUCCAAAAAAUAAAAUCCUAAUGAACAACAUUA